AUGGACGCUUCCGAGUUAUUUUCCAUCUCAUCGAGGCAGCCAGCCCGAAUGCCUCCAGAUAUUAAAGAGCUUCCUCCGAUAACGCGAGGCCGAAGCAGCAACUUUCCUGACCGAGUUGGCAGCCCAUCAGAAAGCCCUCACCAGUCUCGCCGGAAGUCGGCAGGUUGUUCUAUGAGGCCAGUCAAGGAGGAACGGCAACAAGCGGAACCAGAGCAUGCGCCUGAAGGGUCGGCAAACCACGCCAACUUGGAUUAUGAAACCGAGGCAGCUACUGAACAUAGACCGCAUUCACGACAGCCCCGUUCAGCGUCGUCCGCUCGACAGCGCACGGGUCGACACCGCGACGCACAGAUGCCACACAGUGGCAGCAGCAGCAGGCGCUCAAGCUGCAAUGCGUCGUGUGGGCCGUUGCCAACGUGGGACGAAUUUUUUGAGAAAUGCGAAGACAUCAGACCUUUAGAGAGCAGCGACACAUUUCGUGUCUAUUCUAGUGGCUCGGCUGGACCUCUUCUCUUCCUUCUUCACGGAGCAGGUCACACGUCUUUGAGCUGGGCAUGCUUCACGCGUCUGCUUCGCGAUGGCUCGCUCCCGCUUCGUGUAUUCGCGUAUGAUGCAAGAGGACACGGCGCGACCGUGUGCGCUGAUGAGAAGAAUUUGUCAGCAGAGGUCCUGACGGAAGAUGGCAUUGCAAUCGUAAAUUUUCUUUUCAAUCGUUUGACUCGGGAGGAAUUGCCGCAGAGGACCGACAUGCAGAAAGGACCAGUGCAGGAUGGCAAUGCUCGAGGAGAACCAAGUGUGCAUCGAGACCCGGAUUCUUUGCCGUCUGUAAUCCUUGUGGGCCACAGCAUGGGUGGAGCCAUUGCCACGAGAAUGGCCGCGUCGGGCCGAGUCCCACACCUAGACGGUUUAAUGGUUUUAGACGUUGUAGAAGGAACUGCACUGGCGGCUUUGCCACAGAUGGCGGCCUUCGUCAGUCGCUUCCCUAGUCUUUUCACGAGCUGUAAAGAGGCUGUGAAUUGGAGCAUUUUUGCUGGGCUCUUGUGUAACAGGAGCAGUGCAGCGAUCUCAAUACCCUCGCAGCUCGUGAAGACUACAAGAGGUGCACUGCCCGCCAGCCAUAAGGGUGCAGAUAAGGGACCCCCGGACGAAGAAGUUUGGACAUGGCGAGUUGACGUAAUGGCCACAGAGCCAUAUUGGGAGGGUUGGUUCCGCGGGAUGUCACAUGCCUUUCUGUCGAGCCGCUGCGUCAAGAUUUUAAUAUGCUCAAGCAGUGACCGUUUGGAUAAGGAGUUGAUGAUAGCCCACAUGCAGGGGAAAUUUCAAGUGCAGAUCGUCAGCGGCUCAGGUCAUGUAAUCGAAGAGGAUCAGCCCGCUGAACUCUGCCGCGUCGUCCAGACAUUUAUUACUCGUUAUCGGCUUCACCUUCCUCCGAGCCAGCGCGCAGGAUUGAUACGUGGAUAA